AGUCAUUUCCCACACUUACCCCUUUCCCUGCACAAGUCUGCUUCCAUCUUCAUCACUACUGUCUCAACCCAACAACACUCACAUCCAAAGAAAAAGUAAUUUUGCUUUAUUUUAUUUUCCUUUCCUUCUCACAACAACAACAGCAACAUGAUGUGUCCUUCUUUUCUGCUUCUUUGUCCUUCUCUGACUUCUCCUCAGAUUGAUAUUAGAUUACAACACGAAACCCAGUACCUUCCUCUCUCUCUCUCUCAUCUCUCUCAUCUCUCUCUUCCCAUUCCUUCUUUCAAGCGCUUUCCCCUUCAUCUCUCUCCAUCUUUCCUUCUGUGACUCUGUACUUACACAUCUUGUGUUCAUCUGAUGAAUCGAACUCACGGCGAUUUCACUCCCUCCAAUCCUAAUCCUUUUGAGGAUCCGAAAGUCAGACUUAAGCAUCAUAGCCUUAUGCAAGACUAUCGAGAACUGCAUAUGGAUACUGAAGCAAUGAGAAGAAAGUUAGAGACAAUGCGAGAGAGAAAGGCAACACUAGUGGCCGAAGUCCGAUUUCUGCGGCGGAGAUACAAACAUUUGAGACAAGACCAGCAUGUAAUGCAGCCAUCAGAUGUUAAAAAGAACAGAGGAAGAUCAUCAAAUGGUGGGAAGAAGAGUAAAACGCAAAUCCGAACGGAAGUGUCUCCUUCUGAUAAGAGAAGUGAAGCGGAAACUAAGCAUGUUUCGCUUCCUGACCUAAACCACUCAGGAAAAGUUUACGAUGAAAGUGAAACCAAAACCACCAGAAGAGUUCCAUUGUUUGAUCUAAACCAGAUAUCUGGAGAAGAAGAGGAAGAAGGAGAAGCAGUAAACAAUACUCAAGAGAGUACGAGAGUGGAAGAAAGCAAUUCAUGUAAGAGAAUGAGCAGCAGCGUCGAGAUGCAGCUAUCGUCUUGCAGGAAUGGAGGAAACGGAUCAAAUAAGAGGAAAAUUUCAUGGCAAGAUCCUGUAUCAGCUCUCAGAGUCUAAACACAAAAACUUUUGUUUUUAUUUGCUCAAAUCAAGUAUCUUGUAACAUAGCUUCACAUCAAUUUAGCUUACCUUUAUUUGCUUAUCUUCUCCGUUGAAAACAUAUCCAAUUGUGGCUUGAAUCUUGAAACCUUAUCCCUUCUCCACUCUUGAGGUGGCGACUUGUACGAGUGACAUUUGUAUAUGGGACAUGUGUCGUUCUUAA